CUGCUAGGAUCCUGCCGGUGUUGAGAUGGGCAGGUACUCACUGCUAGCGGGUCUGCUCCUUUCUCUGCCUCUGGUAGCAGGGUGGACCACUUCCAAAUGCCUACUGACUGAAGGCUCCCGACUGCCCCUAGUCUCCCGUUACUUUUCAUUCUGUGCAGACUCCAAGCUGGCCUUCCUUGCUGCAUGCAUCCCUGUGACCAACCUGACGCAGACCUUGGAAGCUGUGCCUCAGAGUGUGGAGGGGCUCUGCCUCAGUGGUUCUGUGUCUACCCUGCAUGCUGAUGCCUUUUCUGCUUUCCCUGGACUCAAGAUCCUGGCACUGAAUCUGCACCUUACCCGACUCCUGCCACGCGCUUUCCAGGGCCUGGGACAGUUACAGAAACUCUCCUUUUUGGAGCAACCUUUUAGGAAGAGAUCUCUCGUUCUACCUCCUGAUGCCUUUGGUGACCUGAUUUCCCUCCAGAGACUCCAUAUCUCUGGCUACUGCCUGGACAAGAAGGCCGGUGUCCAACUGCCUCCCAGCCUGCAGUGGCUGUCUGUCAAGUUCAGUUGCCUCCAGGAUGUGGGGGAGCUGGCUGGCAUGUUCCCAGACCUGGUGCAAAACUCCUCCUCCAGGACUCCGUGGGCCCUGCGUAUGUUGGAUCUGUCAUUCAACCAGGGACUGAAGAUGGCUAGUCCUGGCUCCCUCCAGGGUCUCCAGCUGGAGGCUCUGAACCUGGAACGCACGGGACUGGAGGCAGAAGCAGUGAGGGCCCUGGGACUUCAGAAACUCGACGUCUUGUCUGCAUGGACUGCCACGGCAGAGCUGCCUGCUGAAGCUGUUGCCCACUUCCGGCUGCAGGGGCUCAAUGUAGGCAACACCAAGCUAGGCUAUAUAUCCCAGGAGGCCCUGGCUUCCUGCUCCAGCUUGGAGACCUUGGGUCUUCAAGCCACUGGCCUGACUAAGCUGCCACCAGGGUUCCUCGCUGCCAUGCCUAGGCUUCAGAGACUGAACCUGGCCAGCAACCAACUGCAGAGCAACACGCUGUGCAUGAAUGAGACAGGUGACGUGUCGGGACUGGAGACUCUGAAUCUGGCGGGCAACGGGCUGCGCACCCUGCCUCCAGCCACCUUCUCCUGUUUGCCGCACUUGCGGGAGCUGUUGCUUCAGGGCAACCGGCUGCUUUCCCUGGAGGGGCAGCUAUUCCGGGAUCUACAGCAACUCGAGACCUUGAACUUGGAUAAGAACCCCCUGCUCAACCUGGGUGGGAACUGGUUGGCUGCUCUGCCUGCACUGACUACCCUUAGCCUGCUGGACACCCAAAUAUCAACAAGCCCAACCCCUGGCUUCUGGGGAGCAAAGAACCUGCGCACCUUGAGACUGAAGCUUCCGCUUCCGGCUCACUCUGCUCCAGCAGUCUUGCCCCUGCCCAUGCAUCUGACCAGCUUAGAGCUUCAAGCAGCUUCAGGCGGGAAGCACUGGAGGCUGUCCCCGACCGUCUUCCCUUUCUUGGCGACCUUGACUGUAGAAGGCAGGGGACUGAAGCUGGAUAUCCUGAAUGCCUCCGAGGUCUUCCCCGCCCUCCAACAACUCUCCGUCCUCCAGAAUAGCUUGGAUGCCUUCUGCUCCCAGGAUACCUCCAACAUUUUUCUCUGGCAGCUCCCCAAACUUCAGUCCUUGAAGAUAUGGGGUGCUGGAAGCAACUCUAGACCCUGCCUUAUCACUGGGCUGCCCAGCCUACGGGAGCUGAGGUUGGAGUCACUUCAAUCCACAAGCCAGCCCCGUUCGGUAGGGCUGGAGGAGCUGGUGGGUGAGCUGCCACAGCUCCAGGCAUUACAGCUGUCCCACACAGGGCUCACGUCACUGUCUGCCACUGCUUUCCAGCGCUUGCGUAGUCUCCGGGUCUUAGUGCUCUACACUGAGGAGGAUUUGGUGCUGCAUGACAGUUUGAGGGAGUACAGCCCGCAGAUGCCCCAGUAUAUAUACAUCCUGCAGUCAAACCUGGCCUGCCAGUGUGCCAAUGCAUGGAUAGAGCCGUGGGUUAAGCAGUCCACUAAAACAUACGUGCACAUAGUAGGCCGUCACUUGUGUCCAGCAGAAGUGGGGGGCCCUGCCAAGCACUCUUUUUACUCUUUUCUCUGGGACCACUGCCCCCAGACUUUGGAGCUGAAACUCUUUUUGGCUAGCUCUGCCUUGGUGUUUCUGCUACUUGCCUUGCCACUCCUCCAAGAAGCCAGGAACUCUUGGAUCCCCUACCUACAGGCCUUGGUCAGGGUUUGGCUCCGGGGUCUGAGGGUUCAGGGAAAUGAAGGAAAGAGGUUCCUUUUUGAUGUAUUUGUGUCUCACUGCAGGGAAGACCAGGGCUGGGUGAUAGAGGAACUUUUGCCUGCUCUGGAGGGCUUCCUUCCAGCUGGCCUGGGUCUGCGCCUCUGUCUCCCUGAGCGAGACUUUGAGCCCGGUAAGGAUGUAGUUGACAAUGUCGUAGACAGCAUGGUGAGCAGCCCUGUGACACUCUGUGUGCUGAGUGGCCGGGCCCUGUGUAACUCCCGCUGCUGUCUGGAGCUCCGAGUGGCCACCUCUCUCCUCCUGGCUGCCCCCUUCCCGCCAACGUUGCUGCUAGUUUUCCUGGAACCCAUUUCCCGACACCAGCUCCCUGGUUACCACAGGCUGGCUCGGUUGCUUCGACGAAGAGACUACUGCUUGUGGCCUGAGGAAGAUGAAAGAAAGAGUGGCUUCUGGGCCUGGCUGAGGAGCAGGCUAGGGCAGCCGGGGGUUUUAAAGUAGGAUGGCACAUGUGAAUUUUAGGGUUAGGGAGGGGAAGCAAGCCCUUAUGACAGGGAGUCAAUGUAUUUGUGGGGAGGGAGGACACAGUGGGAUCGAGAGGCUGAAGUCAGCCUUUUGCAGGUACAGAGAUCCACAUGGUGGCAACACAAGUUUGGGGAGGCCUGGAGGUUGGCUGAGGAAAGUUGAGAGAUGGAAGGUGCCCAUGGGUAUGUGACACUCCCAAGAUCUUUAAAUCUUCAAUAAACUCGCUGAAUC